UCGCUCCUCUACACGAGCGCGCGUUCGAACAUCACUAAAUAAUCAUACAUGUGGUGUCAUGACCACAACUAUGAUUACAGGCAGCUCACGGGUAACAGCUUAGCUUUUUAAAAACUCAUAAAAGAAGAUUUUUUUUCAAUCUCAUUCUAUAGAAAUUUGCACAAAAGAUUGUCGUCAAAAGAUUGCCCGAGGGAUUUUUUGUCUGGAUCAACAAGCUGACAAGAUGGAACUUUGUGUUGCUGCAGCGCUUUUGUCCUUCUUCGCUCCAGCUUUGGGAUCAGCUUUUGGCAGGGAAAUGCCAGCCUCCAAAAUGGAUGAUAUUCAUGAGUUCGACAAGCCAUUUCAUUAUGAUUAUGAAUCUCUGAGGAUCGGUGGUAUGGUCUUUGCUGUGAUCCUCUUCCUGAUGGGGAUCUUCCUCAUUGUCAGCCGGAAAUGCCGAUGCAAAGGGAACAAGUCAAAGCCAGUUGGAAUUGAUGCAGAGGCAGCCAAAGGUGCGAAAUGAAGUAAACCGAGGGAACAAAUACAGGUGACACUACCUGCUUGCGGAUCCGCAGUGAUGUUAUGUCACCUUCAUAAAUGUUUAAAACUGUAUCUCUCUCUGCUGUCCUUUUGGCUACUUCUAACAGAAAACAUGGCUUUUUAAGAAGAAAUCUUACAUUUUUGACCAUUUGGAAGAAGAAAAGGUCACAAGGAUAUAGUUCUUCUGUAGUGUUUAUCACAAUUUUUACCUUUUUAUGGCAGUAUUUCUUUAUCUCUUGGAUAUACGAGUAUGAUAAAAAAAAUUGAUUCUCAGCUAGAACUACUUUGCCAUAAUGUUUAAUUCAGCAGCUGAUACUUGAGAUUUUUCCUCAACUUUCUGUCAUGUACUUUUAAGCUCUCCGUGUAAUUGAAGUGUGUAGUAGAGUAAGUGCUUAGCAGCCAACAGAAAACAGUUGUUUUAUAUAUUUUGUAAAUUGUUCACCCAGUUUUGUCACUUUACAAAAGUAACAAUUCACGCUGUACACAGUAGGAAAUAAAGUGAUUUCUAUGGAA